GUGAGUCAAUCAAUGCAUUUCAGUGAAGGUGUGUUUGUGUGCCAUCUGUUGGUCCCUCCCAUAGACUCAAUGAUUGCGACAAUAAUUGACAAUUAAUUUCAUAACAAAUCAUUUGAAAUCAAGUCUUCAAUAAUGUCACUGAUUAUCAAGUUUGCAGAGCUUUUGACACCAGUUCUUAAGGAAUCCAAGUUCAAAGAGACUGGAGUUUUGACCCCCGAAGAGUUUGUGAUCGCUGGUGACCAACUGGUGCAUCAGUGCCCCACAUGGAAGUGGGCCACCGGUGAUGAGUCCAAGUGUAGGGAAUAUCUGCCGAAAGACAAGCAAUUUCUGGUCACAAGAAAUGUUCCGUGCUUUAAGAGAUGCAAAGACAUCGAGUAUUUGGAGGAACAGGAGAAGAUCAUAGAUAAGGAGGACGGGGACGGCGGUUGGGUAGACACCCAUCACUUCGCCAACACUACCGAACAGGUCCUCGAAAUGACACUUUCGGCCAAAGAUGGCAAUAAAUGCCCCGAAAAGUCAACGGUUGUGGCGAACGCUACCGAAGAUUGCGAUGAAGACGAAGACGACGGCGAAGCGGAAGAUAUGGAGAACUAUUUGGCGUCCGGACUCAUGGAUGACGCCGACGAGGUAUUGCUGACCAACUGUGCCAUCGAUGGCUUGAAAUCCAUAUUGAAUUCGUUUGCGACUGUCGAUGCAAAUGAACUGAAAGCCAGUGCUUCCGCCAAAAGCGAUGACCCGUUGGAGUCGGACAUCGUGCCGACGCGUACUUAUGACCUGAACAUCACUUACGAUAAGUACUAUCAGACGCCACGACUCUGGCUCUGCGGUUACGACGAGAACCAGAAACCGCUUUCCAUUGAACAGAUGUACGAAGACAUUAGUCAGGAUCACGCCAAGAAGACAGUCACUAUGGAAACACAUCCACAUAUUCCGGGCGGACCCAUGGCCUCUGUGCACCCCUGCAGACACGCGGAGGUCAUGAAGAAGAUUAUACAGACGGUGGAAGAGGGCGGACGAGACCUACCGGUGCACAGCUAUCUCAUAGUGUUUCUUAAGUUUGUUCAGGCGGUCAUUCCCACCAUUGAAUACGAUUACACGCAAAAUUUCACCAUGUAGCAAUGUUAUCGAUAUUUUAUAUUUGAUUCCGAG